AGGUCGUUAUUAUUGUAAUGACGAGAAAACAAACGGAAACGAAUGGCUGGGUUACCGUAUAGGUCGUAUUUUCUAUACUGAUGUAACGAGAAAUACCAGAAAUCGUUUUUUUAUUCAUUGAAUUGCAAUAUAAUUAUUAUUAUCAAUAAUUUUGAAUUAAUUUAAUUACACGCCGUGUUAGACAUUCUUUUAUUUCCGUUUGGUGGUGAACGUGAGAAAUGCAAAUUGCAACAUAUUCAAAUUUCAAAAACAAUAUCAAAUGAGUUGCUGUUUAGACCUCACCUUCAGUUCGAUCGUUUUUCCCACUACAAUAAAACGUGCAACGUCAACAACAAUUCAACACACUUGUUGUUACAUUUGUCCUGCCGGCCUCUUCAUAAACAUUCAUACAGCCAGUGAGGUGCUGGAAAAUUAUCAGCUGCCAUCUUCAAUCUAUCUGGGAGAUCAUCAGCUGCCAUCUUCAUUGGAUCUUCAACGUUUGAAAACGAUCCAGCAAGCGGGAAAAAAGCUGUUGCCCGGAUUGUGUUGUUGUUGUUGUUGUCUGCCGCUCUAAUAAAUUCCGGAUCGACUCUGGACUAGAUUGGCUAAGCCUCGCAAUUCGGGGAAGAAGAGACAAAUAUGAAUCGAUUAGCCAACGAGUCUGAGAUGAAAUGGAUGCCGUUGCUCUACGGGGUGACGGCCGGCCUGUCGAGUUUGGUCGUCGUCCUCAUGCUCGUCUGGACAUUUCACUUCCGCGGCGGAUUCGCCUGGCAGGAUUUCCCAUCCAUCCAAUUCAAUUGGCAUCCAGUCCUCAUGGUCGUCUCUUUCAUCGUCCUAUACGGUCACGGCAUUUUGGUGUACCGUUUGUUGCGUAACGAGCCGAAGAAGAAGCUGAAAUGGCUUCACGCCGUCAUGAUGAUGACGGCCCUUUUGCUGGCCUCCAUCGGACUCAAGGCCGUCUUCGACUCGCACAAUCUGGCCGAGCCGCCCAUCGACAAUUUGUACACGCUGCACAGCUGGAUCGGUCUGUCGGCCGUCAUCUGCUUCGCGCUCCAGUGGCUCUUUGGCUUCGUCUCGUUCCUCUUCCCCGGCGUCCGUCACUCGCUCCGCGCCUCCUACAUGCCACUGCACGUCUACGGUGGACUGAUGAUCUUCGGACUGGCCACGGCCGCCGCCCUCAUGGGUCUCUUGGAGAAGGCCAUUUUCUCCAGGGUUUCGUACGCUCCUUUGACGGCCGAGGGGAUCCUCAUCAACUGCACCGGAGUGGCCGUGGCUUCGCUGUCGCUCCUCAUCGUCUACAUCGCCACACGGUGGCAGUACAAGCGGCAACCGCUGCCCGAGGACGAACUUCUCCUGGCCGAUCAAUUGGCCGAAUGAUGAAACUUCAUUCAAAUUUCUUUCAGGCGACACAUAUUUAAAAACAAAAACAAAAAAACAAGUAGGGAAAAGUCAAACCACAAAAGAAAGAAACACACACUUAUUCUAUUUCUAUAGAGGCCGACGUGAUUGAUUAAUUAUGUGACAGAGGGUUGUGUUUGUUUUUAAAGGUGCUUAAGAGAAAAUUUGGAUCAUUUUUUUCGCCCAGUGAAAUUCCCAAAUUAAUUUGCUUUCAUUCCUUCAUCGAUUCCAAUUUUAGUCAAGGGGAAAUUCCUUUUCUUUGUUUUGAUAUUAAUCAAGGGUUUGUCGAUCUCCUCCAAAUGUUACACAACUGUUUUGAUUUUAUUUUUCUAAGUGUUUUGAUUUCUAUUGAAUUCAAAAUUGGCGCUAGCACGGUUGCCGAUUUUUUACGAGAGAGUUACUUCGGUGUGUAAUUUCCAUUUCCAAAUAUUUCAAAUACAUUCUACAUGUUGCAGCAA